CCAACUAAGCGGGGCCCCUUCAGAGACCCGAGAAAACGUCAAUUAACCGCUCUGGUGAGGAAGUACGGUUGCUGUAUUCGCUGCCGGAUGCAGCGCAUUCGCUGCGAGUUCGCUAUAGAGACACCGGAUGAUAUUGAUGCUCCAUGUGAAGCUUGCCUGAAGCUGAUGAAAAAUUCUCAAAUUCCUCGAAUUCCUUGCCGCCGAUGGAAGCUGGUCGACGUGAAGCUCUCGAAAUCGGGCAAUGCUGAAUGGACCUAUCGCUGGAAGAACAGCACCUCUCUGCCUGAGAUCAGCAAGUGGCAAGACACCAACGAUAGAGUAAUCCACCUGGAUGACGGGUUUACAAAGACGAUUCGUGUCAGGGUUCGCCGAUUCAAAGUGAUGGAAGGCGACCAAAAGACACGAAAGUUCUUCAACUACGACACUGGACGGACGGACGAGAUUGACAUGAAACCCUUUGCUCUAGUCGAUGUUGCUGAUGCAAAGCUGCAAUAUGAGAGGUACCUGACAGAAAGCCAGGAGCACAUCUUCAAGACACUUCUCGGGGAUAAGCAGAAGCUCCUCUGGAGGACGUACCACAUGGCUCAAAAGAGAAGAGACGACCCCGCGACGCCUCUCCGGGAGCGAGACCUACUGGUUAAGACCCUGAGGCUUUGGGUUGCCGUUCGCCUGACGACCAGGUCUUUCCACAUUGCAGGGGAAGGGAAAGAUUUGCUCGGGCAAAAACCAGACUCAAAAGGCAGAAUUCUGUUGCACCCCGUCUUCGGCCAGCAGCUAGACAAGGUGCUCCUCGACCAUGUCCUGUUCAAGCUUCGACGGCAGACCUUGGAUCUUUUACAAUCCAUCACGCAGCAGAAAAAACGACAGUCGUGGUUGACGACUUAUCUGGUGUCCUUCAUCUUGCUGCACAAUGUUGCACUUAUCACGCGUCAUGACAGGGACCGUGCUGAAAAGCAUGGUGUGAAUAAACCACUAGCGGUAUGGCACAGGGCGGACAACGUCCAGGAAUAUCACCUAGGGGCAAACAUCAUUUUGGCCUACUUUCAUUACUGCGUUAAGGGUAUCCAACCUUUCUCGCACGGCUGCAAAUCCUCAGAUCUCGAUGGUCUUGCCGAGUUAGACGCAGAGGGCAGGGCGUAUGUCAUGUGGGCCAGGGAUGAGCUCCUCCAGUAUAGAGCCCAUUGGGAGUACCUCAAGGCCAUACGCCUCCAGACUGAAUCGACUAUCAAUGCCGAUGAGCACACGGAACUGGCGAAUGCCUACAGCGAUGACUACUACUUCGUCAGCCAGCUCUAUGAGCAAGAUUGGUACCCUCGAGAC